ACAUGGCAUCGUCGCGGACUCCUCUUCUGCUCUGACUUGUCAGUAUUCCGUGAAGUGUUGUGCCGUGACUGCGUGCGGCCUUCUUUCGUCCGCAACCCCACGCACCACCAGUCCAGAAUAAUACCAGAAGCCUCAAUUUUCUUCUUUCUUUCAAAUUUCUUCUUUGCCUCGAGCAUAGAGAAAGAAGUUUCACGUUUCGCACCCUAUGCUCAAAGAAGAAGUAUUACGAAAAGAAGAGACUUAAAUUCAACGAAUCGAUUUUCAUAAAUCAAAGGGGAAUCAAAUCACUGACGGUGAUGCAGGGUUGACUCGUGCGAAGAUACAGUUUCAAAGUAUUUCUUCCAACAUAUACCGUUCGAAGAAGAGGUUCGUUAUUUGAAGAGGAGAUUUUGUGCCUAAUCACGUAGAAAUUGAUGAAUUUGUAGAUAAAAUUGUAAUUGCUAUAUGAUGGUAAAAGAUGCUAUAUGAUCGUUAAGACUGGAGGUAGAGUUCUGAAGACACUUUAAGCAGUGUUCGUUUCAAGAAGCCAUGUUGAAGGAAGAAGUUGCUUGUUUGAGGAAGAGACUCUUGAAAUAGAUGGUUCGAAGCGUGGAGAUGUCAACACAAGAGAAACUUCAAACCCGGAUAAAAUUGGCAUUUCCCUGAUAAUAUUACUUGAACUUGAACGAAGAUAAGAUUCCGGAAUAUCUCGAGGAGCGUUUCUUCGGAGGUUUCUGGCCCAGAGAAAAAGAAGAGAGAUUUCGAGUGACUGGGAACAAAUUUUCAAUGGUAACCGAACGGAAUUUCCAACGAAAGAUUCAAUAGAGGUUAAACGUUGAUUCGAAGGUCCUUUAUGGUUUGUUUUCUUCGAUCGUUCACUGGUCGUACUCGAGACAAAAGCUCGAUGAUAGUUUUAACGCCAAUCAGAUCGAAAAUCUCAUUUUAAAAUUCUACGAGCGACAUCGAAGACAAGUAUUCCGGUUCGAUUUGGUGUAGGUAUAGUUUGAAUAGAAGUUUGGAGGACGAUUCGUCUAAAGAUAGAAGUUCGAAGGUCUUCACGAGGAAUUUGGGAGCCGUUUUGGGAAGUUAAACGAGAGAAGAAUUAGAAAAUAGGCGAAAAGGCUUGAGAAACGAUCGGUUACGAAAGGAGACAAAAUUUGUAAGGAGAGAAAAAUAGAAAAUUCUACGUCAAACAUCUACAGUUAUCACACAUAAAUACAUAAAUACAUCCAUGGUACAACACACAGAAAAGAAUAAUUUUGGAAUUUAAUUAUGUAUCGUUCCAGAAACGAAUAAAAAAUUACCGAAGAUGAUAAAAAACGAGAAAUGUAACGCAAGAAUUGAAGAGGAUACAAAGUAGAUGGAAAAUAUAAAAUAAGAAACGUCGAAAGGAAUAUUCUAAUUGAUCUCGGCCACUUUUGGAGAAGUGUAUCGAAGUGGAACGCGAACAAAAAGCCGGCAGAAGCAUCGUUUAACGUUUUCUAAACGCGCGCCGCUGAAGUGUACUUUGAUGCACAGCUUCGAGAACACAGAAUAAAAAGGGUUAUCGAAGCGUUCGAAGGGUCUCGUUACGAACGAAUAAUGCCACCUUUCAUGCACUGCUUUCGUCCAUUUGCACACGCAAAAAAUCGUAUGGCUACGAGUGCCUUUUCUUCGAACAGUUAAUUAAUUACAUCCACUUUUCAGAUCCGGACUAUUCGCUUCGAAAUAAAAUAUUACAAUCACUCGAGGUUAUUAAAAUAUUAACCGAAUCUUAGAAAAUAUUCUUAAAAAGGAACAAAAGACUUUAAAAAUAUUUGUAUUUGAAGAAACCAUCGUCAAAUGAUAAAAGAAGAAAAUAAGGCACAAAGAAGAAUGGACUUUUUAAGAAGCAAUUUCGAUCAGUUAUUUAGGAAAAAUUAAAGCUAGCACUUAAGCGAACGAAGUUAAUGGAAGUAGCAAGUAACGGGACUACGAAUUAACUUCGGUAACUUAAACUUCGUCCGUCCAACUUCAAGCUGAGUCGCUUCUGAGGUAACUUUGAACGAAGUGUUUCUACCGUGUUCCACGGUAAAGCCUACGGGGUUGGCGUGCGUGUAUCGAGUUGCGACUACAUAUUAGGGCGUUCUACCUUACGUAAUUAAUGUUGGUUGGCUGCUUGACAGCUCAUCAACCUGACAGGACAAGGAGAAGACGGGAGCAGCGAAGGUUCCUGGUGGCAAGGGGUCAGCAUGGCAGUCGACAAUCCUUCAUACUUCUCGUUGUCGAGCGGGACGGCGACGUCGUCGGUAUCGACGACGCCUGCGUCGACAACGAGCGUCGCCUUCUCGCCGCCCUCCAAAGGACCAACGGGGCUGACGGCCCUGUUCCGGCGACGUCCUUGCAAAAUGGGCACCACUUCGUCGGCCAGCGUCCUCUCCACGUCUACCACGAGUACUCUGAUACCGCAGGAGAAUAACAGAGGCAGUACCUCCGGCGCCUCCACGCCCACAGAAGAGAAGAUGCCAAUGUUGCCCAGAAAUGGAACUGGUCAAUGCGGAAACGGCGCUCAUGGUGGUCCUGGUAAUCAGAGAAGGAGUUUCAGAAAUUUGUUCAGAUCUGUUAGUGCCAAUGCAGAUCACGAAAGAACACAGCAGUUCCUGAAGGGUGAUCCAAGACCUUCGGAUGUUGCUCCACCCUCACCGUAUCUACCUCACAGGUCACACUCGCAUUCUGAGAACGACAGAAGACGUCCAGGCCGAAGCAGAGCUGUGUUGAAGUCCGCUAGCGAACUGCUGUCGAAUGAUAUGGUGUACUGUGGAUUGGCCAGAGAUAAUCACAAUCAUGAUGAUGACGACGACGAUGACGAUGACGAUGAUCAAGAUUCGAACGAAGUUUUCGUUGGUGUCGAUGACGCUAGGUACUACAACCUUUCAUCCACGCUGCCAGCAACAGGAUCAGCGGCAGCAGGUCGUAGAAGGCAUUCGAUCAGCACCUUUAUAGGCAAAGAUCGAGGUUCCUCGAGCAAAGACCACAUCUCCAGAAAGCAACCACAAAGCCCCACAGUUCUCGUAGAACCUGACACAAUGGCGCCGCCAGCGCCUGUAGAUACUGUAGAUGGUGUCCACGUAGAGGACCGGAAGGCGAGAUCUUGCAGCAGGUCCAGGCGCAGAAGACAUCGCAGUUCUUCGAGCAGGGGAUCUCGUUCAGCGACCGGACUGUCGAAGAUCGAUUCACAUCCCGAAGAUGAUGUACUGUUCGUAUCGAGCAAGGACAGCGAAAUUUCGAGUCUGUGGGUCAAUUACCUCACUGCCUGUUUCGAGCAGAUCAGCAGGCAACAAGGCCGGCCGCCUUUUAAAGUUCGUCACGUGACAAUCGAAGAAUCGAUGCAACCUGGCACCGAGGAGAGGAUUCGAUCGGCUCGCUUGCAGAUCGUCGUCGUGUGUCCAAUAUUGUUGGAACGAGUGCAAACUCGGCCAGAACACGCGACGAAUCUCUCCAGACAGCUAAUCGCCGACAAAGUACUAGCGAUGAUGUUGGGUGUCCACGAUAGUCACAUCAGCGACGUCCACAAGUCGAUUCUGGUCUCAUACAAUCAGUGGAGAAAAUUCUUCGUGAAAGACCAGGACGAAACAUUCGUUGGUGAACUUCUGGGUGCCGCGGUUGGAAUUCUUGGCACAAUGCCGCCUCCUGCGUUGAGGAGCGACAAAACCGCCUUUUCCGUUCAUCCGAAAAAAGUGAAGCUGGGUCAUAACAGGAUAAUCGCGUUGUUAAACGACCCAUUACGACCUGAGGACAAUGUAUCAGUGAUCGUGGAUCGCUGCGGCGAAGCGAUUGACAUCGCCCACGUUAAACGAAGAAAUCCCUAUGCCCUGCAAUUCUCCAUUCCCGACAGAUGUUUAGAGGUAUCGAUGUUGGUCGGUGUUCGUAUAGCGAAGAAUGGUUGUCCGCUUGGUGUGAGGCAAGUAAAAUGCGAGAGCAGGCUCAGGGAACUCGAUCAAAUCCUCAGAGCCCAUGACAAUCCCCUAGAAUUUAUGUGCCAGACCUUCGGCUUUAAUCCUGGUGAUCGCGAAAAAUUGGACAACUGGAUGGUCCACGCGUUUCAACGAAACGUUCCACCGCACUUCAAUCUCCUGUCUACGCCCAGUGGGGUAGUGUCUACCCAAAAAGUUCACUCAAGCCCCGAAGAGAAUCCGACGUUGUUACACUUUGCCGCACGUUUCGGCCUGGAGAGAUUAGCUUGGCAACUGUUGGAGUGUCCAGGCGGUGAUAUAGCAUGCGACCUGAGGAACGUGUCGGAACUGACCCCUGCGGAUCUUGCAGAGCAGGCAGGACAUACGAGAUUGGCGCAUCAGCUUCGUGGCUACAUGCAAAUGAACGAGUUCACCAACAUGUACAGCUAUUUGAAAGUGAUCAGCGAGACCACUACAGACCAAGCGGCAAGCGCGGAUCCAUCGACAACUAACACAUCAAGCGACACCAAUAACGACAAGGAGGAUUAUUGUCGUCCACGACCCUUGAGCGAAGCCUAUUCGGUGCCACCGGCCGCAAGACCAAUAACGUCCUUGAUCUUGCCAGGUCAAUUAUCAGUAACCCCUAGCCCGACCACCAGUAACCCCAUUGAGGCAAAUUAUUCAAUCGUACCAGCACCGACUCCCGUCAUCGCCAGUCCAUCAACACCAACGCCUGUGAUGACCUCCUCGAACGGCUUUGAACUCCCUCUUCAAGGUUAUAUGAAAAUGCAUCCAGCUGGACCAAAAACACCAACGUCAAACGCAGUGAGCCAGCAGCCAUCUCGAACAGCGACGCCCACUCAGAGUCGUUCAGAUUCUCAUCCCAUACCUGCUCGAGAAGAAAAUAGUCAAUCCUCCUUCUCUUAUGGCAGAACCACCUCCAAUUCCAGCAGCACAAAGUCGAGGGAACCAUCUGGGCCUCAGGACGAGUUACUGGAAAUCAUAAACGACUUCAAGAACAACGUGUUCACGAUAACCGAAGUGGAAAGAUUGGUCGAGAACUGGAGGAAUCGCAACGAUGUUCAACAGAGCUUCAAAGACAAACAGAGGCAACUCACUGCGAUGAGGGAAGAGUAUGAAAGAAUACAGAAAAGAAUGAAAGAGGAAAUGAAGGCUCCUACACCUUUUGACAGAAUCAGAAAGUUCUUCUCUAAAGGAAAGAAAGAUACGAAGGACUCUACGACCGGAAGUGACGAUUCUUCUUCGACCAGUAAAGUGGAGAAUGUUAAUGGUGCCCUAACCGACCGUAGGCCAGUUAGCAGUCUAAGUCUCCGCAGUGUUUCAAGCUCGUCUUCGUCUGGUAGAAUGAGCACUGCCAGCGGAUGUAGUGGGACCAGUUUAGGUGACAGUGGAACUCAUUCUGAUACUGAAGAUCGACGAUUACAAAAUGCCAGAGAGGAUAAAGCGGGUGUGAUGUCGUACGAAAUACCACCAGCUCCAAAGCCAUUCGCAGGAAGGUAUUCCCCGGCGCUUAGGUAUUCCCCAUCUCCUCGUUCCUCGACUGGAAACGAUUUAGACUUGAGACCAUCACAGCCACAAUUACGAGGCGAGGAUACCGAAUACUACAUCGCUUUUCCACCAUCGGGAUUACCCAUUCACUCUUUCAAGACAGAGGCUCCUCUGAAGGAACCAAAAACUCCAAGCUCCCCGUGUGAUCACCCUAAGUACCUGGACUUGAUUCAAAAUUCAUCGCCAGUCACUAAUGACGCUUCAGAACCAGAGUCCUCCAGACAUACUGGCAACAGUUACGCAAACAUUGACCCGUCUACGUUGAACCCAGCGCCAGUACCGCCUGCUGGCAUGUGCAUUCCAACAAAUUACGUGAACGUGACACCAACGUGCGUCACCUCGUCUCAGGACACUACACAAGGUCAGCAAACUGAGCAGAGACACUCACUUGACUUAAAUCAUGUAUCUGAAAUCUCGAAGAAUUCAACCAAGGCCGAGACUCCCGGUCAGGCGGGGGAAAAUAAGGUCACUGAUGACGUACAAGGUCAAGACAAUGUUUUGACUGAAGUUCAAGGUAAAAAUAACGAGGAAUAUGUGGACACGAAUCUGGCAAAUAGUUUAGAAGGCGUGGAUGUACCGGAUACUGGUAAACUGCCGGAAUAUAUGAACGUCGACGUUCCUCAGGAUCAGAAAACUGGUGCCACGAAGAAAGUGCCUGCUCCUCCUGUUCCACCAAGAGUUACCACGAAGAAGUAAAAUAAGAAAGAUUACCACGAAUAGAAGUACUUGAAAAGAAGUCGUUCCUCCGACUGGAGACUUUAAUGGGCGGGUCGUUCAAAAACAGUGCUCUCGGCGAUCGUUUUUCAUUGAAGAAAUACUCGAGUAUGAUUUCAAGUACUCGACGUCAGUGUUCUUCGUAAUCCUUAGUAUUAAUAGCGUAUUUAACUGUAAAUUGUUCGGUUCAAGAUAGUCGCUAUGGCUCAUAUCUUCUAUGUACAUUACCUUCGUUCUUUUAUCUUUCUUUCUCUUUAUUCUAAUACUCAGUGAAGCGCGACUUAAUCUGUAGUUUUUGUUUAUGGUAUUGUACUGCAAUUAAGUGCGUUUAUUGGUCGUUAUUAGUCUAAAACUGCCUCGAAUGCGUUACGAAAAUAAAACCAAUGUAUAAUUAAUUAUUAACUUGUUACUGUUAUCGAUAAGCGAAAUAUACUAUUGUUCAUAGUAUCGAAGAUAUUUUUAAAGUGUCUUAAGUAUAUUAUAAAAUAUUUUAAUCGUUUCGAUAUUUCCAUAAAUUUUAUUAGAUUAGGAACGAAUUUGGAGAUCUCAAAUCAUUAAGAUCAAUAAAUUUGAGAUCUUCAAAGAUUUUAAGUUUAAGUUUCGGAACCCGAAUCGUUGAGACAAUUAUUUUACUACGUUUUUUUUAGGAAAUUUAGAAUAUUAUUGAUCAACAAGCAUUCGAGGCUUUCUGAUUACGCCACUAAGUUGUAUAUUAUGUUAAUUAACCGAUGCUCGGAUCUCGGUCCAAGAACGAAUACAAUGCUAGCGAGCGCCAAAUCAAAUUUUCAUCUUUUGGCGGGAAGCCAAAAUCGCAAUCUGUACAUACUGUCCUCUGCUCUAUAUUCUAUUAUUAUUGUAACCAGUUUUCUAUAUAGUCAGUCCUUAGGAUUAAGUUAGAACAAUUUAUACAACGAUUGUUUAAAAAAAAAAUGUCGAUGACGCCAAAGACUGCGUUAAGAAUACAUGGCGUCGCGUAAUCAUUAUGUUAUUAAUCAUACAAUUCAUGCACCAUACGUUGUAAUCAUUCUCUAGCGUAAACAAUACUUUGUACAGGUGUCGAAAUUCCUUUUGUCUUACGUCUUUAUAAGAAUGACGACGAAAUGCGUUUCAAGUACCAAGGAUGCAUUUAUCGUUUUGAUUGUAAUAUCAUAGUGUAGAAUAUUUCACAAAACCAUUCUUUUUUAUGUCUACCAGUAGGGAUAUUACUAUGUCUUUUUUAUAUUUAUGUUUAUACCAAUAAAACUAAAGAUAAUAGAAA